UACACUCUCCCCCGUAAUUCUCUUCGUUUCCUCCUCCCUCUCUCCUCCUCCUCUGGAUCACACCGGAAGGAAGAAAAGAGAGGGAAAUUUCCCGCCAAAAUUCGCUCAAGAGUAGUUGAUAUUGCACAAAAUUUCUUUGUUACUGGACCCCUUUCGAUUUCUGUCGUUUCUUCAAGAAACCUUUCUACAAAAUCCUUUGUAUUGUUGGAUAUAAUUGGUAUUGUUUGUUCCAGUUUUGCUGCCUCCUUUGGGUUUUGUUGAUCGCUUUUGUGAUAUGGAGGUGAAGAGUCCGUCGUCCGUACGAUCGGCGGUGAAGUUCUCGGAGCAUGUGGUGAGAACCAAUAAGUUCGUUCAGGAAGAGUCGCUGGCGAUGAAGCAGAGGGUGGUUAGGAUCAGGCUGGUGGAUCCCUACGCCACCGAUUCGUCUGAUGAUGAUGACGAAGGAGUGAUGAAGAGAGUGAAGAAACAUGUGUUUGAAAUCAACGUUAACCCGCCAUCUUCGAAAUUCAAGCGAGAUCGAAGCAGAAACAGGAGACACGUCAGGAGGAGUACCGGAUCGAUGGAGAAGAAGUACAGAGGUGUGCGGAGGCGGCCGUGGGGUCGUUGGGCGGCGGAGAUCCGUGACCCGGGUAGAAGGAAGCGAGUUUGGUUGGGGACGUUUGAUACCGCUGAGGAAGCGGCGACGGUGUACGACAAGGCCGCUGUUACAUUGAAAGGUCAUAACGCCGUUACGAACUUCCCUACGGUUUCGGUAACGGAAACCGUGAUUGUCGAAGGUAAAAAACCUACAGUCACCACAACCUCCGGUGGCGAUGACGACGGACAGGUCCACGACGGCGUCUUGUCGCCGACGUCUGUCCUCCCUUUUGACGACGAGUUAUCGCCGUUUGCUGGCUUGCGAUACAGUGACGUGGACGCUUUUGGAUUCGACAUAGAUCUGUCGAUCAAUUUGCCGGAUUUUACAGUUCCGGCGAAGUACCACACCGAGGAGUUUGGCGAUUUUGACAUCGAUGAUUUCCUCGUUGACGUUCGUUGAAACUAUCCAUAACUUUUUCUUUUUCCUGUUUUUAAGCAUUAAAAAAUUGAGCAUUAGUAAUUUACACAAGCAUGGGUAUAAUGGGAAGUGCAUAUGGCCGAUGGAUAUACGGAUGUGCUGUAUUAUAAUAGGUGGGAGAGUAGCUGAUUCUGUCUCAGCAAUUUUGUGUGUUGUAAUUAUCAUAAGUAAUAAAAACGGUUUUUGAUAA